AUGUCAGAUUUUAGUGAUAUUAGAUUAUUGAUACAAUUAAUGUAUGAUAUAACAAUAUAUUAUAUUAUAUUUAAAAAUUCAAUAAUUAUUACUGGAAAUUUCGAAGAUAUUUUAUCAAAUGAUGUUGAUAUAAAAUUAUUUCAAAUUUCAAAAUAUUUGAAUUCAAUUUCUUUAAACUUUUUCAUAUCGAAUUUAUUUUUAUUACAGGCAUUUUGUAAUUAUUUAAUUGAACAAUUAUCUCAUAAAAAAUUUUCAAGUGUUUGGGAACAUCAGAGUUUUACGAUACUGGCGAUCCUACUCAUACCGCUGUUACCAAUACUUGAAUUUGUGUUAACAGAACAUGUUGAUAAUAACAGUUUAUUAAUAGACAAAGAGAUCAUUUUAGGAUUAAUUUUUGGAGGAUUAAUAUUCAUUAUAACGUUAUUAAACAUAAGAAUAAACAUAAAGCUUAAUAGAUUAAUUAAAAACAAUCAAUUUUCAAGAAACAUUGUUAUGAAUCAAGGAAAAUUAAUAUAUUUUCAAGAUUUAAAUCUUUGGUUGAUCAUUAGUUUAUCAAUUUUAUCAGCAAGUUAUAUAACAUAUAAUAUAGUUUAUAGGUUAAAUUUGAUCACAGACAAUAAACUUUUGAACUCUUCCAAAUCAAAAAGACAAAUCUCUGAACCAAUUGAUACAACAAAAGAUUUUGAUAGUACUGUUAUAGCAUUAGGUACUCCUAAACAUUAUGCUGAAAGCACUAUAAGGAGUAAACAGAUCAUAGUUGAAAUGAGACAAGAUGUUAUUGUGGAUGCUAGAGAAUUUGAUGAUAAUGACGGUGCAAGAACUCCUUUCAGACCUUUUUCCCCCGCUUCUCAUUCUUUGUCUUCAUCUAGUUUGAAUAAUUAUCCUAACAAGUCAUUGAAAAAUAAUCGACAACAAAAUAAUAAUGGUAAAAAUAAUAAUGAUGAUAAUAUCACCAUCGCCACUGCCACUACUCCUAGAUCAAGUAAUUAUAGUAAUGCUACUACUCCUAGAUCAAGUAAUUAUAGUAAUACUGCUACUAGAUUAAGUAAUUAUAAUAAUAAUGAUUAUGGUGUUAGAUUAGGUGGAGGCAAAUUUAAUCAUACUAUUCAUGGAAGUUCUGGAUUAUCUCAAGAGCAUUCAAUUAUAAAAGAAGAAUCAGAAUAUAAUAAUUGCAAUGAUACAUCUUCAAGUAUUUAUAGUUCAGAUAUUAGAAUUGGAUCAAAUCUGCAAUCAACAGUCGGUGAUAAUA